UCUGAACAGAUGCAGUUUGUGACACAAUCUUUUCAAUGUCCGAAUACUAAUAACGAUUUGGUGCUGAUGUGCCAGAAGAGCAAGGAUCUCUUUGUUUGUGAAUCCUAUUCUAAAGUAAAGUUUUACUAUAUCCUCAAGUUCAACGUCCCUCAUUUUGCCACGCAAAGUCCUUACACGAUUCUGAACCUUUUCGCAUAGUUUUGAAUGACUUUAUUCUUGAAAUAUUGCAGGUUUUUUUCUCCUACCUUCAUGACUUUAUUCUGGAAUUAUAACUUUAUUGUGGCAAAUUACAACUUUAAUCUUGAAAGUUCCGACUUUAUUCUGGAGGUUUUAUAUUUUUAUUUUUAUUAAUGGCGGCCCUAAAACUCCGUCGUACUAAUGCAAUGCACUGUGUGGGUGGUUAUUUUGUGUACUUGUCUUUUAUUGUAAAUAUGGCUAACGUUUAUGCAAACGAACCUCCCCCUGUCUCCAACUAGCCCCCAACCCUUUUUCACACACAGCGCCGUGUUCAAAACGUCGUGGAUAUGACGCACUAUUUUGUCGUUUUGUCCCGCCCCUUUAUCAGAUUGGCUUGCCCCACGUCCAUCACGUGUUUGUGGUCGAGUCAGGAAGUAAACGGCGAGACGGGGUCGGUUUCAUCAAACGGGCGAUAAGAAAUGAAUGAUCCGGCGGCGUUUACUGGUUCCGUCGCAUCGCAGGACACAGUGCCGAAUGUGCCCUGAUCGCAGAACGUCCCUGGUAGAUGUAACGAUUUUCGGAGCCCCAGUAUACCGGCUGGUUUGUGCGCGGUGUCCACGGUUCCGUAGUUUAGCUUCGGGCUCUUUAAGUUUGGAUAAAUCUUACGAAAAUUAUGGAGGGAAUUCUGUAUAAAUGGACGAACUACAUCACCGGGUGGCAGCCGCGUUGGUUCGUGCUGGACAGCGGCAUCCUCUCCUACUACGACUCCCAGGACGACGUUUGCAAAGGCAGCAAGGGCAGCAUAAAGAUGUCUGUAUGUGAGAUUAAAGUUCACCCGACUGACAGCGCCCGGCUCGAGCUGAUCAUCCCCGGUGAGCAGCAUUUCUAUGUGAAAGCAGUCAAUGCUGCUGAGAGGCAGACCUGGCUUGUGGCUCUCGGCAGCUCUAAGGCUUGCCUGAUAGACAGCCGGACAAAAAAGGAAAAAGAUAUAACAGAAACCACAGAGUCUCUGAAAACAAAGAUGUCGGAGCUGCGCCUCUACUGUGACCUGCUGGUGCAGCAGGUUCACACCAUACAGGAGUCGGUGGAGCAUGAAGCCCCUCAGUCAGCCCCCAGCUUCGAGCGUGUGAAUGAUGCUUCCUCCUUACUGAGUGCCACUUGCAACACAUUUAUCAAAACGUUAGAGGAAUGCAUGAAGAUCGCAAAUGCCAAGUUCAAGACAGAAAUGUUCCAGUUAACACCGCCCGACACUGUCAUCUCUGCAUUGUCCCCGUCCCCCAUGCAGAUGGUCCGGAUGAAGCGUUCCAUCAGCCAUCCAGGCACAUACAGUUUUGACAGGAGCAGCCAGUCCCCUGGGCAGAACCCUAUGCCCCAUCACCGGCUUUCCACGAGACGAGCCCACACCACCUCAGAGACGGAGUCACAGAGCGAUGGUUAUACCUCAGAGACAGACAGGCUGGUACACUCUUCCAAGGUGAAUGUCAACAGUGAGCUUGUCUUGAGCAUCCCGGAGGAGAUGAGUAUGAGCCCCAAGAUGGCAGGUGGGGCGGAGUCGGCCACUACUAGUCUCUCAACUUGAACUCUGACCGCCACAUGAAGGACUCUUGCAGACACUGUUGCCACAGGAAGUACCAGCUACUUCCUGUCAAAAGAUUUCUCUGCACUUUUUUAAAGACAUGCCUGAAAUGUUUGUAUUCUUCCGGUUUUAAUUGAUCAACAUGACAGAACAGAGUGCAGAGGACUGGAUUCAUGGGCUCAGUUGCAGUGGGGGGGGGGGGGUGCUCCAUGUACUCACCGUCUAAGGCGUCACCACACCAAGGACUGAUUGACCAUGCCAUGCCUCACCACCACUUGUGUGGGUAUACGACUCAUUCUGUCCAGAACCUGUGUUUGCUCGUUCCCAGUCACGAUAAAAAAGUUCUAUUUGCCUUAAAAGUGAUUUCAAGGGUCUAUUACAAUCUGUCAGCCAUGAAGCAACACAAUGCCAGGAUAAAAUGCACCUUUUAUUUGCAGCAUGUUUACAUGGGAUUUUAGGCUGAAAGUAACAGCAUUCCCCCCAGCAGAGCCAGAAUGGGAACCAUACAGUUUAUCAACUGCUGUAGAUAGUCACAUUUUUGUAUACUUGCUUUAAUGGGAGAAAAUGGCAGGAUUAUUUUUAAUGACUCUCAUGUCGGCGCCUCAGUGCAGUUCCAAAUGUCAUUCCCAGCUCACGCUGUUCUGUUGGUCCUACAUUUGAUGGUUACUUGCAUGCAUCUGCUUGUCAGGACAGUGUAAUUUUUCUAGAUCCAGGAGUAUGUAAGGGCUCUGAAACACACGUGACCAACCCCACCCCUGUCAGCCAUCAUAAGCAGUCCAGGAUGAGCACUGGGGCACUUCAGAGGCUGAAGACACAUUUUCAAUCUGUACCAACUCUUAUCGGUUUUUGAGAAUGAUUAUGGAGCCAUUCUUUUAAGGUUAGCGGGUCACCUGAGCUGAGUUGAUGCAUGCAACCAAAAGGACAUUCUUCCACACACCACAGAAGACUUGUGCAGCAUAGGUGACUGGACAGUCAGCUGACUUGGCCUUUCAAACAGAUACCUGCCUGUCCACUGGGUGAUUGAGCAGCUGGCUGAUCUUUAAUCUUUAACCCUUUGAGCAGGUAUCCUCAUUUGGGCUGGUUGAACACUGUACUGAAAAAAUGUUUCAUUUGGAUCCAAAGCUGAUAAAGUAAAAUGGAGGAAAAUGCCUGUGUACGAAAAUCAAACAUGGCUUAGGGAGUGCAAAUCAUGUAUUAAAAAAAAAAUUAGUUAAACCUCAUUCUGUUCCCAAAGGCUGCCGUCUUCUAUGAAGAUGGAGCGACUUGUGUUUGGAAAUAUGUACAUUAGGACUGACCAUAUUUUAUGUUUCUUUCUGUUAUGAAAGUGGCAUCAACUAUGCUAGUGACUAAUAGUCUUUGAAACUGAAUGAGGUAAAAUGAUUCUUCAGUUGUGCUUUGUAACCAAAACCAGGGAAUGUGCUUAUAGACCUGCACACCUUUCCAAAUGGAGCUACUGUGGAUGUAGAGGGUCCGUGUGUCCCCUCUCAGGAUCAUGGUGUUCUCCCACUGCAGGUCAGCCAUACUCUCCUUAUCGUUUGUGAUCAGCUCAGAUGGAGAGCCAGCUCUGUCUGUGUUUAAAUAACGUGAGUAACAUUCGUAUUGCUAUGAUGCGAUGAGCCCUCUUUAGUUAUGCAUCUUACAGAAACAAACCAUUAUGAUAGAGCUGUGAUGUUUUGUAUCUUUUUCCUCAUUGAUAAUGGUUUAACAAAUCACACAUGCAGGGUUACUCACAGAUGUAACCUCGUUGUGAUUAAGCGGUCUCAUAAAGCUGCAGCAGCACCGAGAUCCCAUUUGCACCUUUGGCCCCUUUCAUGCCAGGUAGGAUGUGCACUGAUGUGUAGAGAAGCAUCUAGAAAAUGUAAGCGCAACUAUGUGCUAGUGAUGUGGAAGCCAUGGGGAGCAUCAUAUCACAUGCUGAAUAUUUCAGAAAUGACACACGGACCGUAGUGGUCAUGCUGUCCAAAAGACGACAGGAAGAACUGUGGAAUUAUGACAGUGAUGGUAAAUAAAAUGGCACAGACCAUG